UCAGCGUCCUUCUCUCGGGAAGUGUUCACUGAACUUCAUUCGGUCUGCGUACACACUACACAGACAUAAAAAAGUUCGCGGUCCCUUUUGUGGCUUUGGCUACUUUUAGUCUGUGCGAUAUAAUUCUAGAUAAUUCUAAGCGGAGGGUCUGGAUUGUUUUAAAAUCUGAAUACAACUGUAGUGCGAAGCAAUGGCGGCUGCCGCGGCGUCUAUAACUACCAAGCGACGUGCCCUUCUGGAUGAAGACCUUGCGAAUGUGGACUUCGAAACGAGUGAGGACGUGGAAGUGGUGCCGUCCUUCGAUACCAUGGGACUUCGAGAGGAUCUUAUUCGCGGCAUCUAUGCGUAUGGUUUCGAGAGACCUUCGGCCAUUCAGCAGCGAGCCAUAAAACCCGUCGUCAAGAGGCGUGAUGUCAUCGCGCAGGCACAGUCCGGCACGGGCAAGACGGCAACCUUUUCUAUUGCGGUUCUCCAGAACUUGGAGACGCAGAUUAAUGAAACUCAGGCUCUUAUCCUUUCUCCUACCCGCGAACUGGCGCAGCAGAUACAGAAAGUCAUUCUGGCUCUCGGGGACCACAUGAAAGUGCAGUGUCAUGCUUGCAUUGGCGGGACCAGCGUUGGGGAGGAUAUUAGUAAACUGGACCGAGGACAACAUGUUGUCAGUGGAACGCCAGGACGUGUUCUGGAUAUGAUCAAAAGGAAAAAUCUGCGGACUCGCAACAUCAAAAUUCUGGUGCUGGACGAAGCCGACGAGAUGCUGAACCGCGGCUUCAAGGAGCAGAUCUACGAUGUAUACCGUCAUUUGCCGCCUGAUACGCAGGUGGUUCUACUGUCCGCUACCCUGCCGCAUGAAAUCUUGGAAAUGACAUCCAAGUUCAUGACGGAUCCGAUCCGCAUCCUGGUCAAACGUGAUGAAUUGACACUCGAAGGCAUCAAACAAUUUUUUGUGGCCGUAGAAAAAGAAGAAUGGAAAUUUGAUACACUAUGUGAUCUCUAUGACACGCUGACCAUCACGCAGGCUGUCAUAUUUUGCAAUACAAAACGUAAAGUGGACUGGCUGACGGAGAAGAUGCGAGAUGCUAAUUUCACUGUGUCGUCCAUGCACGGCGAUAUGCCGCAGAAGGAGCGCGAUACGAUUAUGCGGGAAUUCCGCAACGGCAGCAGUCGGGUGCUCAUCUCCACAGAUGUGUGGGCGCGUGGCAUUGACGUCCAGCAGGUGUCGUUGGUCAUUAAUUACGAUCUGCCGAAUAACCGUGAACUGUACAUUCAUCGUAUUGGCCGAUCCGGGCGUUUUGGACGGAAAGGGGUGGCCAUCAACUUCGUGAAGAGCGACGAUAUUAGAAUUCUGCGAGAUAUCGAACAGUACUACUCCACGCAGAUUGAUGAAAUGCCGAUGAACGUCCAGGAUCUUAUCUAAACAACUUUUUGAUCGGUCUUGCUCCAUCUUUAUUAUAAUACGGCAUUGAUUCCUCUAAUGUCUCGAUAUGAAUGUCAUUAUAAUUUACAGCUGGACUUGCUUCUAGUUUGUCUUUGUUUUUUUGUUAUUCCACUGUGUAUACCAAACUAGGAGACCUGGUCAUUCGUUGAAUUUAAUCUGCGGUGCACAAAAGUUACGUGCUGUUCUGUUACAUGCUUUGUUGAAAAUGAAUUCCGCUUAUUUUCUA